AUGGCUGUGCCUCCUCCUCCACCCCCUUCAUCGGCACCGCCGCCCCGCGCUGCGACAAUGGAUCCCAGCGCGUUCACGCUGUCAAACGGUGGCUCGGCGAAGAGCUCGGCACCCGCCAGCCCUGGCAUGCUUCGUAUCAACGAUGGCCGCUGGAAGUUCCAGGGUGACGAUCAACUGCCCAAGCCGCGUGAAUUUACUGGUGGACCGAAGAAGUACAGAGCUGGCCGCGGUAGCAGUGUACCGCUUGACCUGAGCGCGUUCGAAUAA